AUGGGAUCAAAAAGUUCCAAACAAAUUCAAAGAAAAUUACCAGAAGUAAUAACAAAAGUGAAACCAAAUACAAUUAACCCUCGUCUAUUACAGCAACAACAGAAUAAUUUAAAUGUUAAUGAUGUAAGAGCCAAAGAUCAAGCAAUUGGAAAUGAUAAUGAAAAUCAACAGUUAUUAAAAAAUUUAUAUGUAAUUGGAGAAGUAAAGAUACCACAAAACAAAAUUCCAUUCAACAAGUCAAAUGAAAUGUUGAAGAUUUUAAAAUCAAGAAAAGGAAUAAUAGAAGAAGAGAAUAAAAGUAGAGAAACUGGAGGAAAAUUAAAAAAUAGAAUCACAGUUUAUGAUUUAAGAGAAUUAUUUGAAUUGAGAAAUUUAAAUUCAAAUCAAUGGACACCAGAGAAAUUAUCUGAAAAAUAUGACUUGGAUGUUUCAACUGUUGAUAUUUUAUUAAAACAUUUAAAUAAUUAUUCAACUUAUGGCGGAGUUGAUACAACUGUUACUUGGCCAAAGACAAGCGAAUUCAAAAUAUCUUAA